UCUCUUCUUACUUCAGAGCCGUGAAAAGAAAGUGCGAAGAUGUCAAGCGAGCUGUCAAACCUUCCACGCGAUGUCAUCUUCGACAUCCUCUCAAGGCUACCCACCAAAUCUUUGCUUCAGUUCAGGUGCGUCUCCAAAUCAUAUCCUCCAAUUAUCUCUCAUCCCCACUUCAUCAAUUUCCACCUCUCCAAUGGUGGCGGUGGUGACCACCAUGUCCUCCUCCACUAUGAAUCCACCGACUACACCACAGAGUACUAUUCAAUUCGUUGCACUUCCACUUUCUAUGAGACUAUAAAACUUGAAAUUCCUUUCAAAAGCGUUAAUGGGUACUUUAGAAUUGUGGGUUCAAGCAAAGGGAUAAUAUGCUUAUUCGAUACCAAUUACUUCACCUACAUUGGUACGCUAAUUUUUUGGAACCCUAGUAUUAGAAAAUUCAAGAUUGUUAAAGAUUCCCAUUUGAGCCAUCGAUUUAGAGAUAAGUUUUCACAUAUGGUUGUUGGAUUUGGGUUAGUUUCCAAGAUUAAUGACUUCAAGGUGGUGCAGAUUUUGUAUGAUUUGGAUAAUCAGGCUGAGCCUGAUGUCUUGGUUUAUGGGUUUGAUGAUGAUUGUUGGAGGAAAAUUGAGGCUGUUGCGCCAUGUUUUGUAAAUAAAGGUUGGUCUAACAAUGUGUUUGUGAAUGGGUGUGUUCAUUGGAUGGCUUAUGAAAGGUCUAAAAAGUUAGAUGGUAGGUACAAUUCUAUCAUGGCUUUUGAUGUGGGUGAUGAGGUUUUUCGGGUGAUGGAAUUGCCUAGGAAUCGUGAAAUUAAUUAUGAUCAAAUGUUCUUGUUUCCUUCGGCUUCUGAGGAAUCAUUGUCUCUGUUCAUUCUAUUUCGAGAUGGGGCUAGUGAUCGAUGGGAAAUGUGGAUUAUGAGACAAUAUGGUAUGGCAGAGUCUUGGAUGAGACAAUUCACUAUUGUGCAAUUGCAAAUUUCAUUGCCAUUGAUGAUUAGGAAUAAUGGUGAAGUUUUGCUGGUGAUGAACAAUGGGAAUUUGGUUUCAUAUGACCCUGAGAACCAACAGGUAAAGGAUCUUGGAAUAUGUGGUUUGCCAAGUUCAUUCCGUAUAGUGAGUUACAUGCCGAGCCUAGCGUUGCUUGAUGGUGGAGAAAGAGCUGUCUAGGAGAGCCUGUUAGAUUAAGAAAUUUGCAAGGUGUUGUGUAUGUUAUCCUGACCGGAGAUGUAGAUAAUGUGAAGGGUUGAAUUGGAGGGAGUUGUCUAGGAGAGCCUGUUAGAUUAAGAUAUUUACGAGGUGUUGUGUAUGUUAUCCUGACCAGAGACGUUGGUGCUGUGAAGGGUU